AUGGAAGCAAAAGGAACUAUUAAGUGGGAGAGAUGUAUUAAAAUUUCGUUAUGGCUGACUGUUUUACUUUAUUGGGUUUCUGGAGUUGUGUUAAUAAUCACAGGCGUGUCUGUUCAAGUGAGACUCCGUGAUACUUUUGUGGUAUUAACUGAAGCUGCUUCAGGAAUACCUGUGAUCGUAACAGUAAUUGGUGUGCUUAUCAUCCUUUUAUCUGGCUUUGGCGCAAUUGCUUUACUCAGAUCAAACACAAAGAUGAUCAAAUUGUUCACAGGUUUAUUAUUGGUGCUCUUGAUCACUGAAAUCAUAGUUGGUGCCACUGCCUAUGUGUACAGAGAAAAGUUACACCAGACUUUAUCAAAAGACUUUGUGAAGAUUCUGAACAAGUAUAGUGGGGAACUGCGGAUCACCAAGGGGGUGGAUACGCUUCAGACAGAGUUUCAAUGCUGUGGUGCUGAGAACUAUACAGACUGGCUAAACACAACAUUUGGAUUGCUCUCCUCAUCUGUCCCCAGAAGCUGUUGCAAAGUACCUGUGGAAAGCUGUGUCACUGAUCUAAGCAAGUAUAUAGUCGGCAUUAAUCAGCAGGGCUGUUUUCUAAAACUGAAGAACUGGAUUGAAAGACACAUUUCUGCAUUUGGAGGAGUUGGGGUUCUUCUUGUAUUCGGUCAGCUAACUGGGAUCCUGCUUUGCUAUAUUCUGCUGAAAAUACUAAAAGAAAACUAUGCCAGCAUUGACUAAACUUAAGAAGCUAGUGUUCAUUUUAUGGCUGUAGUUGAAAGACAAUAUUUAUGGUCCUUUUUU